GUUUUUUAUAUAAUAAUAGAUAGAUAGAUACAUGCUAAGAUUUCUCCCGAUUUCUUGAAGACAAACGUAAAGGGAGUUGCUUGUCUGAUCCUGAUCUUCCCUCGUCCUGUUCGCUCGUCGACACUUGAAAUCGCGAAGCCGAUAAUAUAGCAGAUGACUGCAAAAUUGAAGCAGGUGAUGCUGCUUUGGCUCGAGGGUUUCCUAGAAGCUUGUUCUCUCCACCGUGUUGUAAUUCUCUGUCACAAGUCGCGAAAGCUCCUAUUACGAACGGGGCAGUGUUUUCUUUUGAAUGGUUUGAUUUUCUUAGGAAGUUUGGGCGUCUUUAAGUGGUUUGUUAAUCCAGCCCUUCAGUGGAUAUUACCUGAUCCAUGCGCUCCCGUCACGUUCCAAGACUUUUGCUCGUAUAAUGGAUCUUAUGCCUUUCUACGUGGUGGUCUUUUGCAGCUAUUUUACGUAUUUUGGUUCUAUCCUAUGUAUAUGCUGAGCUUCAUCUUAAGUAACAUCUGGUAUAACGAUGUUGCAAAGUAUGGAUUUGAGGCAAUUGAAAAAUCUGAGUUAAGGUCGGCAGAAACAUUCAGCCAAUGUGACGUCCCUGCGUCAGUGAACAUGACAAAUGCUGAAAGACCUUCUGGUUUUGGAGGGGUGAUGAUUGAUAUAGGAGAGCAGGUGUAUUCGAUAUUACUCCUGACAUUUUUCUUUACGGAGGUUUAUGUUGUUGGCGUUAUACCAUACAUUGGGAAGAUACUAAAUUUCUUACUUCUUUCAUGGAUGUAUGCUUACUACUGUUACGAAUAUAAGUGGAACUUCUUGGAGAUUCCUCUCGUGAAAAGGCUCGAGUUCUUUGAAUCUAACUGGGCAUUCUUUGCUGGUUUUGGAAGCCCCGGCGUGUUAGCCAUUUUCUUUCUCUCUCCUCUUGUCAGCGGAGCGCUUAUGGCCAUACUGUUUCCAUUGUUUGUUUUAACUGCUACAGGGUCAGGACCUGACAAAUCUAUCGUUGCCCCAAGAGGAACGUGGCAAUGUGCAGGUUUAUUGAGGCUUCCAAUAUUCUAUGUAGCUAACACACUCUCGAUGCUGGCGUUGUCCAUCUUCCGGUUGGAGUCCCUGCAACAUGAGAAGACCGGCUAAGGCUGAAACAUUUUCACUGCAUCUCUCAGUCUUAUGUCAAUACUGCCGUCUCGUUGAUUUCAAGUGGUCGUGCUUCAGCAAUUUAGAGGUCUGGCUUUGGCGCAUAGUUAUCUGAUAGCAAUGCAUAUGAUAGACACUAUGCUGCAAACUGCAAAGCAACGAAUAUGAAAGAAGACUGUCAUGUCAGAAGUAGAGUUUGAUUGUAAAUUAAAUAUAAUCCACAAAUUAUAAGUAAGUCUGCGUUUCAUUCCUUUA